GAAGGAUGUUCACACAACAACCAAAAAAAAAAAAAAUAAUGGCUACAAAAAAGAUGGAAACAAUGAGGGUAAAGCAGCUUGUGAUGGUUUUCGUGCUGAUGCAUUCCAUCUGCCCGGGCGUUGUGUCAGACGACACAAUUCCUAUUCCAGCUAAUAAGGACGAAGUGAACAGUUGGUUCCACUCCAAUAUCCAGCCCCCUUCAACUAGAAAGAACCUCGACCCUGAUCUGGCUAAGGCGGAGGCUAACCCCAAGCAUAUUAAGGUGUCUAAGGACGGAAAGGGGGAUUUCAAGACCAUUAAUGAAGCCAUAAACAGCGUUCCUAACGGAAACACACAGAGAGUCAUUAUUGAAAUAGGCCCCGGGAAUUACACGGAGAGGUUGAAGAUCGUGAGGGAGAAGCCCUUUAUUACCUUGCACGGCGAUGAUAAGGAUAGGCCGUGUAUCAUUUUUGGCAGCACGGCUGCUAAAGACGGCACCGUUUACAGCGCCACGGUCAUCGUCGAGGCCGAUUACUUCACGGCUAUUAACGUCAACAUCAUCAAUUCGGCUCCCAGGCCGGACGGGGUGAGGAAAGGAGCUCAAGCCGUGGCGCUGACGCAGAGCGGCGACAUGGCGGCGUUCUACAGCGUGAGACUGCACGGGUUCCAGGACACGUUUUGUGAUGACAAGGGUAGGCAUUUCUUCAUGGAUAGCUAUAUUGAAGGGACCGUGGAUUUCAUCUUCGGGAACGGGAAGACUCUGUAUGUGGAAACGGAAUUGCACGUGAUUGAAGGGGAUAAUAUGGCGGUGAUCACAGCACAAGCACGGCACACAAACGCAGAGGAGACAGGCUACUCUUUCGCGCAUUGCAAGGUCACAGGGGUUGGGGAAGGGGCUUUACUAGGCCGAGGAUGGAUGGCCUUUUCCAGGGUCGUAUUUGCCUAUACUGAUAUCAGUGAUGCCAUUAAGCCCGAGGGAUGGCAUGGCGUCCCCGGCAAAACCCACUAUGGAGGAAGCACAUAUUUUGGGGAAUAUAAGAACAGCGGACCGGGAGCUAAACUGGAGGGGCGCCCCAAUUUCGUGAAGAAGAUGACGGAACAAGAAGCAAAGCCAUUCAUCACCCUGGGCUUCAUAGAUGCUUCCAAAUGGUUGCUUCCCCCUGUCAAAGUCUAAACUCCCUUCCAUCUUAUAUAUAAAUGCUUAAUCGCAUUUAUAUAUUUUGCUGCUUUAUUACCGUCGCAAUACAUAGACAGUACCGGGAAUAAUAUAUAGAUAGAUGAUGGAA